CCACAAUCCCUUGCCAGGCAUCACUUCAGUCAGAGUCAUAGGUUUGUAGGCUUAGGCGCCUGGCAUCAAUACUUCCCUUAUGACAAGCUUCGACAUUUUGUUUGCCAAAGUCCACUCAGUUUCUGUAUCCUUCAAUCUAAGGAUUAAAUUCGCACGUCCUCACGUUCGCGCGACAGCGGCCAAUGCUACCUUCGCAUUCGAGGACACACGCAAUACGCUCUCCUGUCCCAAAUUUGCAUCAUAUCAAACCCGAAGCAAUCAUUAUAUCUCGAUCAGUAUCACCCCAGCCAACCAUGGCCACUCCGACGGGAUCAACGUUGUAUCCUAAAAUCACGACUCACGUUAGUGAGAUCGUCAAAACGCUCAGAGAAUUGAACCGUGAUUUCCGCAACCCGGAAAAUGAGCCGAUCUUAGAUCCGAUACCGAUUAUCGGCACAGUCAAGUUACAUGGUACACACGCUGAUAUACUCGUCUAUGAUGACGGCCGCAUCAUUUUUCAGUCAAAAAACGUCGUCGGUAUACAUACAGCAAAAGACAAUGCUGGCUUCGCCACGACAAUGUCUCAAAGGACGAAAGCCAUCUUGAGGCUGCGUGACCUCAUUAUCCUGCGUUUCUUGGAACUCAAUCCAGACGCAGCUGUCGAAUCUGCGCACCCGGUUCUGAUAGCUGGCGAAUGGAUUGGCCAAUCCGUCCAAAAAGGUGUGGCGAUAUCCGGGUUGUCGAAACGUUUCGUCAUUAUCUCCGUGAACAUUAACGGCCAAUGGCAACAAGACAGCGAUUACGGUGGCAUCGCUUUACCAAACCACGACAUUUACAACAUAUCGAGAGCUGGUGUCUUCCACCGUACACUGUAUCCUGAGGACCCGCAACGCACGACUGAUGAGCUCGAGCCCCUGGCUGAAAAAGUCGCUGCACAAUGUCCGUUUGCUGCAACUUUCAAUCUAGAGGGCGAAGGUGAAGGCAUUGUCUGGAAGCCUUUAUCCACACCUCACAAUGGUAAUCCGGCGCUAUGGUUCAAAACCAAAGGCGGGCGCUUCAAGCCCACUUUUGCGACUGCGCCGCGCCAAUCCGCGGAGAAUAUAGAACAAAGUCGCGAAGCAGCAGCUGCUGUGGCACAGAUGUGGACAUCUGAGCAGAGGCUCGAGCAGGGUAUAGACUAUUUGCGAGAACAUGGCAUUCAGAGGACUAUUAAAGGCUUGAAUGCUUUUUUGAAGUGGGUGCAGAACGAUAUCGUGGUUGAAGAGAAAGCAUACGUGGAUGAGUACGGCAUCGAUAAGGCAACGCUUAGAAUUGAGGUUGCGAAGAUUGCGAAGCCAUGGUAUUUGGAGCGACUGAAUGGCUGAUCGACGCUUGAUCGCCGAAUUCAUUCUACAGAGCUUUCUACCACACAAGUGCUCUCUUUAUCGAGAGCGAAUAUUUGCGAGCUUUCGAAGCAGUCAUCAGCCCAAGAUCGUAUGUUUAGCAAAGCAGGUGGAUAUCUAUCCACGAGCAUUGUGCGACCGUAGACACAAGUCGGGCGAGAGCCUCAGUGCGCGAUACCCCUUCUAGCGAUAUUCUGCGAGCGUUCAGCCAUGGGAUUUAUCGCAGCUAUGUUAUGAUCUUUCAUCAAAGUAUAUAGAGAGGUUACAGAGCUCAAUGAGCCGCUCGGUACGACGACUCUAGACAACAAUAGAAGCACAUGUGGUCAUU